AUGCACCUGCCCACCCACCUACCUCUACACUCGUCUUCUACUCUAGACACCGCCCUCCAGCUCCGACGGUCUCGAAUAGACAUCCUUCCCAGACCUUUCUCGAAUUGUGCAGCAGUCGUCUCAUCCGACAUGAGAGCCUGCCAGAGGAUACUGAAGACCCAACAUAUGUAUUGCUUCUCGAGGAUACAGUGUCUCCUCUAUAGCUGGGGGGCGACAAUAACGCCGAGAAAUUUUGAUUAG